AUGUCGUCCGAAGACUACGAAGAGAGCAGCGUCGCCUCUGAUCCUGAGCGUGAAGCGAAUGAUGAUGCCGAGGCAGAAGACGCCGAAUCAGCGUCCGACUCCGCAGAGGAGCUGAAGCCGCGAUUCCUACACUCCCCCGACAGGGAGGCGGUGGAAGAGGAAGAAGAGGAGGAAGAGGAGGACUACGACGCGCUCAACGACGCACCCGCGCCAAAACCGCUCCCAAAGACGAUCAGUCUGAUGCUGCCUCGGAAAGCGUCAGCGGGAGCGGCGUGCGAGCCAACGCGCGUGCACGUGUACCUGACACGUGGCAUGAUUGGUCGACCUCUGGAACGAGGUGCCCAUAGCACGGACAGCGACGGCGAUGGGAAAGAUGAGGAGAGCGCUGCCUCGCCAGUCGCUCCACAGGCAGCGGCAGUAGGGAGAGGUGGCGCCGACGAUGCCGACGAAGGAGAAGAUGAAGUGAGCAGUGCCGCCGCUACAUUGCAGGGCUGCUGCGCAGUCCACCACCACUACGAGACCGACUACGCGGCGCCCCUGGCAGCACUGCGGCGUCGUCUCAUCCUUCGGCACCUUCAUGGUAACCAAAAAUGCCAGCAGCGCUUCCUGCUAUCCGAACGCGCACGCGAGAAGCGGGCGCUUCAGUCACCCCACGGCGGCGCAGCAGGUGAGGAGGGGGAAGGGAGCGGCGGCAGUGGGGAGGAAGAAGACGACGACAACACCGACCCACUCGAAACGGUGGUGUGGCCGUGGACAACCGUGCAGAAACCGCCGCCGUACUGGCUUCCAGCUCUUCUAUCCAACGACAUUCACACAUUUCAGCGCGUUCUUCAGAUCAUGUACGGCUGGGUUAUUGCCCCAGACCCGCACCCGUCCGACCAGCUGCAGCUCGACGCGGCUGGGCAACUUUGCAUCGCGAAACCUGAUACCAAGAAAGAAAGGGAUGACGAGGACGGCGAUAAGGCAGACUCUUUACUCGCCUCCGGCGUUUCUCCUGGCGUGAGCAGUAAGGAGACGAGCACCGACAGCGCGAAUCUGGAGAGCCCGGCACGCGCGCGGUGCACGUCGAAGAGCUUGCUCGGCGCCUUCAACGAGUGUGACGUCGACGGAGAGCAGCGCCACUCGGACGAGGAGUUGCCGAAGCAGCAGCACGACCUGGCAUCACAGGAUAGCACCGACUGCUCACGUGCGAUGCUGAGCAUUUGCACAGCACCGCCACCUGUCGCCGCACUGCCGUAUUUCCCAUUUGCCGAGUACGAGUUUUACAUUGUGUUCGACGAGGCUAGUGAGGAGUGGCAACUUCUGGACACACACCCGCUCUUCGUGAUGGCGGCCUGUCGGCGCCGACGAGGAGACCAGAUGAGCCACAAAGGGGACCAGCCGGAGGCCGAGACGGGGGACGGCGCUGCCCUCGGCGGUGACGAGGAGACCGCGAGCGAGGCAGAGAGCGAAGGAGAGGAAGAUGGCGAGGAAGAGGGCGAGGAAAAGGUGAAGGGCAGCUGUCACGUUCCACGGUACGCACUGGACACUAUAGUCCCUGUUAGCCCCGUCAUUCUGGCGGCGCUCUUCUCCCCUGCUGCGUUGCGGUGUUGUCUCCUACAGCCUCUUCAGACAGAGCCGCGCAAUGAGGACGACUCCGAUGAAGCGGAGGGCCAUGACAUGGACAGCGGCACGGCCGCUGCAGCGUCUCUGCGAAGUGUCUCUCCUCACGCUGUGCUGCGAACCUUUGACCAAGCCUGGCUGUCUGUGGACAUGUUAGUUGCUCUCCCCAUUUUGGCGACCAUCUGCCGCACCCGGCAACGUGUCCUGCAGCAGGAUGCACUGCGAAUCCCCUACACACUCGGCAAUUUGUGGAUCGAUGUGAACCCCCUCUAUGCGCUGCCCGCCUUCGCCGACGUCGACAAUGCUGCCGGGGUCGAUGGGGUGCCUCUCUGGAGAGCGCCGCCGGGGCAGCACCCGGAAGACGACGACGGGGACAGCGAUAGUGGCGAGGUUUCGGCAGCGGGGAGCACGAUGAGGGUGGCAGAACUGUACUCCCCACACCGGUGGGGCACCGCACUGGACAGCAUCGCUGACCCGGGCCAGUACGGCCGCCUGGUGUUGAGCGCUCUGUUAGAUGCCGGCCUGCUCCCUACGCGGCCGGUAGAGCUGGCGAUCUUCCAUCACCUCAGUCUCUUGCGCCUGACGCUGUGGUGGUGGAUGCGGUUGCCCCCGAAGCUGAUUCAGAAGUGGGGUGUCGACGCAGUAGCCGAUGAGCACGUCGCGGAUGACAGUGCAGACGACAAUGCCAGCACGGCGGAAAUGUCUGACGAGGAGGCAGAGGACGAGGGCGUAACCGAUGAGGAGCUGAACGAGAUGACGGUCGACGAUGUCACCGAGCUCCUCCUGCAGCGCAUUGAGAUGAUGAACGACCGUGACGCCCGCUUGCGGAGGCUCCGCUUGCGCAAGUGGCGCCCAACGGUGGUGUUUGCACCGCUUCUUCAGCGUGUCCUGCUGGAACUGCAGAGACGCCUCGAUCGCAUGAGUACCGUGGACGCGCACCGCGUACCAUUAGCCCCGUCGAAGUACACGCUGCAGGAGAGCGUGGCGCGCACGUACGUCGCAGAGCGACUUGAGAGCGGGCAUCCGCACCAGGACCCUCUCGUGACCGCCGCUUUUGUUGGUAUCGCCGGUCGCGUCCCUGCUGCUACUCACGAAGCGUCGACUGCGCCUGUGGCAGUUGGAGCUGCACACGUUGCCGCCGUACGUCAUCAGCGGCUGUAUCAGAGCGACCUCGUCCUCCUCCUGUUGGCCCUCACGACGACACCAACACCUCUGCCCUCGCGUGCCGCGACGUUCCUCUACGUCAGCAACCGAUUCACCGCCGUUGUGGAGGAGAACGCCUGCGCGGCAGAAGAGAAGAAUGUGAUGGAGACAGAGAGCAACGACGUCGACGCCCACACCGCACUUUUCUCGUACCUGCUGGAGGUGAAGUCGAUGCGGUUUGUGCGGCGCCCGCAAGACCGCACCCGCUCCGGGACCACCAAACUGCUUCUGCUCUGCGCUGUUGACUUCUGCUGUGGUGCGACGCGGCAGUGCGUCUUUGGACACCUACCGCCGUUUGAACUGUUCGGGAGCACCGGAUAUUGCCCCCUGUCUGAUCUAGUCCAGGCGUGGUCGUCCACCUGCAGGAGCGACCGGAACGGCAAUUGCUCCAAGAAGGCGGCCACGGUGCAGUUGUUUGCUUAUUAUAUGUGGAAUGAGAUUCGAUGGCGCUUGCGCAAGGGUCAGUACAGCGACGCUGCGGUUGUCAGGAUGUGUGAGCAGCUGCCAGAACUUUUUGAGCUGAUCGACUCUCACAGCAGCACCUACGACACCAUCCUAGCUCACCUCAACGCGGAAGCAGCAGCGGACAGCGAAGCCGACCGCGGCGGCGGUGACGAAUCGCUGAGCGCGUUGGUAGCGGGAAUCCACACCCCGUCCACUGAUACCUCGCUGCGUGCCUUCGGAAAGCAAAAUUAUGAUGUUGCAUCUUCGCCCGCAGCCGCCGCACAGCGCAAAAAGCAUUCCCUAAUCAGCACUGAAGUGCUCCACGCCAUCCGAGCGGAGGAGCGUGAGGAGGCCGACCUCGCCCCCACCUCGGUCUCACCGCCUCUCACGCUGGCUUACCCCAACGUCUACAGUGCGGAUGUCCUCGAGUCAAAGGCGCGCGUCAACGCGCUCUGGCAGUCCUUCGCAGUUUCCCCGCACACCUACAUGACCGCUGAGACGCUGCACGCUUUGCUUUUUGGUGUGGAUGCUCACCACAGCGGAGACGCGGCGAGUGCCGCCAGACGCGUCAACGGCGACACUCGCCGCUUUCACACGGCAGCCUUGAGGGUCAUGUUCGAGAACGGCAUCACAUCUGUGCAGGCGUGUCCACUGAAUGGCCCAGAGACACCCGCCAUCGAAGAGGCGCUGCAGCGGGCGGACCUGUCAGCAGUGAAAAUUCUCCUAGGCCUCGGCGCCGCAUCACUGCGGGACACCUGCCGGAACGGUAGCGCAACGUUGCAGUCGUGUGCAGAGAAGUUAUUUAGCCCGGCCGAGAUGGAUGUCCUUCGCUUUGUGGCGUGCAGGAACAAGUGGGUGAUGCAGUCUGACCCGCAGCUGCAUUUCGGCGCCCGUCGCUUCGGCAGCAUCGUGGCGAACUCGUGA